GAGAAGGUUUAACCGAUGUGUAUCAUUGGAAUAUUUGAAUUUUAAUUGAAAAUACGAAUUGUGUUUAAUCAUUAGUGCUCGCAAUACUCGAAGCAGGAUAUUUUUUCAUCCAAAUGGUGCGCAAAUAUAAGAGAAAAACCAAUCGACAACAAUGGGGAAAGAACAAAAUGAUAGAAGCUGUCAAUGCUGUUUUAGAAGGAAUGCAGAUGAAGAUAGCAGCACAGAAAUUCAAUAUACCAAAAACUACUCUAAUGAGAUGGUACGAAAAAGCUAAAUGUAACGAUAUUGAAACAUAUGAUGUAAAAUUGGGAAGGUUUAAAACUGUUUUUACAGCCGAACAAGAGUAUCAAUUGAAGCAGUAUAUAAAAUAUCUGCAAUGUUCAUUAUGCGAGCCAAAUUCAUUAGAGUUACGUCAGAUAGCAUUUCAGUUUGCGGAAAUGAAUAAUAUAAGUCAUAAAUUUAAUAGAGCUACACGUAUAGCAGGUCAAGAAUGGUAUACAAAUUUUUUAAAACGAAAUAGCGAUAUUGAACCAAUGUCCUCCAACAGUACAUAUUUCAGUGAAUUAAACGACGCACGUAAUAUUGAAAAGUUCUUUAAUAUUUUGACUAACUUACAACAUUAUUAUAACUUUUCUUCAAAUCGUAUAUUUAACGUCAACGAAACGUGUUACAUUACAAUGCCAAGUUUGAAAUCUAGAAUUGAUAAUAUAUUGAAGUCUGAACUUAUUACAAUAAUUACAUGUUGUAAUGCCGCUGGUACUUUUAUACCUCCAUUAAUGAUUUUUCCAACAAAUAUAGAAGAUCUAGAAUUUUUUAAAAAGUGUCCUCAGGGUGCUAAAAUUGUUUAUCAUCCAGCUGGAUCAAUGCAAAAAGAAAUAUUCUAUCCUAUAUGGGUUUAUCACCUUUUAGAUUAUGUAAAACCAAGUCGUACGGAUCCUAUUUUACUUUUAUUGAAUGGACAUACUAUGCAUGUGAAGAAUUUAGAGUUCAUUGCGAAAGCUCAAGAAUUCAAUAUACAUAUGUUAAGUAUACCGGUGAAUACUAUUCAGAAAUUACAUCCAUUAGAGUUUCAUUUCAUGGAAAAUUUAAAGACAUACUAUUCGGAAGAGAAGAGAAAAUGGAUGCAAAAGAAUAACAGUCGGUUUAUUAAUUUAACAAAUGUUAGUGAGAUAUUUGGAGCAGCAUAUACAAGAGCUGCGGUACCUUCAAAUGCGAUAAAUGGAUUUCAAGCUUCCGGUAUAUAUCCAUUAAAUCAAUAUACAUAUGCAAAUACUGUAAAUACUCCUCAAACGACUCCCUUGUUUAUGGAAAUAUUACAAGACAAUGAAUCUCAACCCAUUAUUAAUAAUAAUAUAGUGGAUACAUCGAUAUCUCAAAAUACAAAUUAUAGAUUAUUCCUUACGAAUCCUAGUGACAAUAACAACAUUGUGACUGACAAUAAUGAAAUAAUAUUCAAUCAAUGGAAGAAGCUAAAGAUCCACUAG